UUUUAAAUUAAUCUGUUUCGUUUUGCUUUUAUUCCGGGCUAUUUGCUUUAUUCCGGACUUGAUGUGACCUGAUUUUGAUUUUUUUUUUUUUAGUGUUUUCUAGGAAUUAAUUUAUGUUUAAUUUUGCGAUUAAUGGAAUUUAGGAGGGUUGGAACAUGUAUUUUUUGGUACAUAUAAGCAAAAUCCGAGUUGUUGUGAAUUAAGAAAAAAAAUAUUUAGUUAAGUAGGAGUAAAAAAGAUUAAUGUAGAUGGUUGUUUGUUUAUGAGAAGUUGUUUUGAUACUUUGCCAGAUUUUCGCCUGCGUAUAUAUGGCUGGGCAGAGUUUUAGAUGUUAAAAUUUGGUUUAUUUAUUAUUAUUACUGAUUUAAAAUUUCUUUUGGUAGAGAAAACAUUAAAUCAAGGUUUUAAAAAUUGAUUAGCAUAUUUCCAUGAAAGAUCUUUUCAAAACCUGUUGAGUUUUUUUUUCUUCUUUUUUUUGUGUGUGUGUGUCUGUGCGCGCACCUGCUGUGGAUUGUAUAUAUGUGUGUGUGUAUUAAUAAGAGGCCCAAUGCCAACUUUUGAUUUAAAAAAGAAAGUGUAUGCACAAGCACAUUGAAUUUGUGAAAGUUGUAUCAUUUGGUUCGGAACAAGUUAUUCCGAGAUUAUUUAUAUUGGAAUUAGUUAUUCUGUGAUUAGUUAUCUCGGGUCUGUAUCCCAUCCCAAUGUGACAAAAAGUAACACUAUGAUUUCGGGAUAACUAAUUCCACAAUUUUGUCCUAACCAAACAUGGGAUAAACUCAUCCUAAAAUUAAUCCCAGAUUAGUUAUCCCUUAUUCUUCAUACCAAACGAGCCCUAAAAGUAGUCUUAAAAUGAAGAGUUCAAAUGCUAGGUAGUAUUUCGUAGACAAUGUUGUUCAACUGUUUUACCUCGCCCACUAGAUAUGGUUUAUUAAUUUUUUUUAAUUUUUUUUUUGGUAAUGAUAGUUUAUUAAGUUAUCACUAUUUAUUAAGUAGAUGAUUUUUGAGGAUUGAGCAGUAUCAUAAAGAACUACUUCUUAAAUGUUAAAGGGUAUGGAAACAAUUGCUAACUUUUGUUUUGAAUUCCUAAAGUGACAAUUAUUUUGAGACUAUUUUUUUGAGUUAAAAUGGGAGGAAGGGAACCCCAUAUAUAAGUAUUUUGGAGAGAAGGGGUAGUUAUAAGCAAGGAUGUUUUUCAUAUACAAUAAUGUAAUAGGAUAAAGGAACGGAUUAAUUGGGAUAUAGAAAGAUCUUCCUUCUUGGAGGAGAGAAAAUUUCCAAUUAAUUGACAUGGUGGGCUAUGAUGUGGGAUCAAUGUAUUUAGGAGAAAUACUAAUGGAGAACAUUGGCCUUUUUUUUUCGUUCUUUAAAAUGUUCUUUUUCAAUUAUUUAUUGCCUUGUAGUGGAGAAGUUUGAAUUCCAACGUUUAUUUAUCAAUUGUGUGUUUGCGUUUUAUUGGGAAAUUGACAAAAUUACAUUUUCAGAGGAGGUCAAUUAGAUUAUCUCUCUUAGUUUAGCAUUGCGCGAAAGGUAAGAAUUUGUUGACUUUACACCGACGUUAUGAAGAAAAGUGGUUUGCACAACGAUCGCCAUGCAAUGCAGAAGUUGGUUUUGCAUUUUCUUCACCAUGACGUCGCUUCUCGGAAAUUUGUAACAGAUGAUUUAUACUAUACUACUCUAGUAUCUAGUCUUUCCAUUUAGUACUUGUAAAUAGAUAGUGUUGUCUGUAGAUGAAAUGGAACCAAAGUGGGUUGGAGUGUUAGAUAAUGGCUUUAGGACUGUGGUUGGAUCAAAUAGGAAAGUGGUUUCUCAGAAUUUGGCACCUUUAUUUAGAGCCAGCAGUGAGAAACUGUCGAUUCAAUCCAACUGUGAUAGCAAGCUUGGGAAGAGGAAAAGGGUUGUUGUCUGCGAGUCUAAUUGUCUCUCGCGUCUCAGGAAAUUUGUACUUAAGAACAACUUGAACUUUAUGAGAAGCGAACUGCCGCAACGUGUACUGUUUCAUCAGAACGGUGAAUGGAUCGACUUCCCUCAAGAUGUUACUCUUAUUGUUAAAGAAAAAUUUCGGGAAAAACAAGCUUUUAUUGAGGUGAAAGUUUCUGACUCACAUAUUAGGCUUGAUAUGCUACAUAUGGUUCAACUAGAUGUGAUAAAUGGUUCACGGAAACCUAUUGCCUGGAUAGAUGAAGCAGGUAACAGUUUCUUCCCUGAAUCAUUUCUCAUAAGUUGUGAAAUGCAUGGGUACUUUGAAACCCAGUCGAAAAGAGCUGAAGAGUUAAUGAUGACUAAGCCAGAUAAUCUAAAGUUGCAACUCAAAAUCGACUUGAAUGGACCGGACAAUUGUAAUUUGGAAGAAUGUGUAGAAGAGUCCAAUGUCGGUUUUAAGAGAAUUAGAGUAAAUCCUCUUAAAAACAAUCAGGAUUUUGCUGAUGAUGAAAAAUCAGAUGGAAAAAUGGAACGAGUUGCAGAAAAUAAACUGAACGAAGAAACUAUGUCUCCUGACUUAGUAGCUAGGCAGAAAUUGGUAGAUGCCGAAUUUGUCAAAAAUAUGUUUGUUAUGGGAAUGAAUUUCAUCCCUAAUGCGGAUGAGAUCAAAAUUACCAAAUGCUCUAGCAAUUAUUUGAGAACUCGCUUGGAACUCUUUGAGAAGCAGGUUGAAAUAACAGAAAAAUAUCGUGGGAAUGCAAAUGUUCAAUAUGCUUGGCUUGCCGCUUCCAAAGAUUUGAUAUCUACAAUUAUGAAGUACGGCCUUGCAUUCGGUGGAGCUAAAGAUAAGACUAAAUUUGGAGUUGGAGUUCUCCUGAGUGCUGUGCAUUGUGCCUCCAAAAGUGCUAUUAAUUGCGAUGUUGAGGAAAAUGGCAUUCGUUACAUGGUUUUUACUCGUGUGAUUUUGGGUAAUGUGGAACCUUUGCACUGGGGAUCUGAACAAUGUCAUCCCAGUGAUGAAAAAUACGAUAGUGGAGUUGAUGAUCUCAAGAAUCCGACUCAAUAUGUUGUUUGGGAAAUGAAUAUGUAUACACAUAUAUACCCAGAGUUUAUUGUGGGCUUCAGAAUUCCUCCAAGAGCUGCAGGACCCCACUUUGGAAAUGCUAGUCGGAUUGAUGUCUCACGUGUCAGUCGGAGCCCUGUGGAUCAGGUACCCACUAAUACAUGUCUGAAGGACUCGGGAAGUCUUAGCCAUCAAAUAUCAAUGGGUGAAUUGGCCCUGGAAAAGGCUGCAAGGACUCCAAAGUCCCCUUGUUUGCCAUUCUCAUUGUUGAUUGAUGCAAUCUCCAACAAAGUAACAGCUGAGAAAAUGAACCGUGUUACUAGCAACUAUGAGUUGUUUAAGAGCAAGAAGAUAUGUAGGGAAGAAUUUGUCAAACAUUUGAGGUUAAUCGUCGGCGAUACUCUAUUGAAGUCCAUAAUUAAAAGUGUUCGGUGCAAGGUACCAUCUAUGUCCGUUGAAUUGGUUCUACCAAAGCAAGAACCGCAAGUGCUGCCUUCGAAUGAAAUACUGUCAAUUCCAUUGGCUAGAGCCACAGAGUAACCCUCUUAAUGUGGAACGCCUUCUCCCUGUUGUAGUGAGAUCAUUUAGGUGGUUGGAUGCCCUUUCCUAUAGUAAUGUGACAGUAAAAGCAUCUGAUCUUUUGUUCUAGGAUAUGGUAAUGCAAAGUAGUUUAACUUCUCUUUCGAAGAGUCUUAACGGUAAGUUUUAGCUACUCUUUGAAGUGAAUGCUUAUAAAGUUGCGCCUUUGAUGCUUAUAUUCCAUUAUCGUUCUGCAA